AAACCUUUUUUUUAUACCUAACAGAAAUCCCUGGUAGUUAUUUAUAGUAAGCAAUAAAUUCAGUCAGUACGAGAUGCAAGUGCCACUUUUGCACCGGAGCACCCAGAUGGCCCUUCUGAAGAAGCAGAUCCGUCGGAAGGCCAAGGAAUUGAGACAGCGCAAGCGUCGUGCCCAACGACGUCUGGAGGUGAUGUGCAGGAUUCGUGACCACCUGCUCGAAAGGAUGCGGCAGUCCAUAGAUCUGCGGCAAAAGGAUGCGGCGCUGGAGAAACGGGAGCAGACGAGGAGGGCGGUAAGCGGGAUGCUGGCCAUGCACAAGCACUGGCUUCGCAACUGGUCAAGAGCCUUGAGGCUACAAAGUCGUCUAAUUCGACAGCAGGAACAGUUGAAAAAGAGACUCCAACGCAGGCUAAAUCUUCUGCGGAAACAGCUAAAGAAGCGACGGCAUCCACAACGACUGGUGGACAAGUGCUUCCGCAGAUUGGCCCAGGCGAUAAAAAAGUGGCAAAAAACCACGGACUAUCAUCAGUUUAUUGAGGGUCAAGAGCAAAUCUGGGAGGCGGAGGCCGACGAAGUGCGGAAAUAUCUAUCUGCUAUCCGGGGCAAGCGACCACGAAAAUAUCGUCGGAUAAGGGUAAGCGUGGAUAACGACAUAGGGGACUUUAAUGAAUUCUGGAAAAGUGAAGUGCUGCCCAAAUACCGCAAGGUCAAGAAAAGAAGGAUCACCAAAGAACCAGAAAUAGAAGAACUAGAAUUGGAAUACAAACCAUACAAAAUAAGAAAACCUAUUAAGAAAACCCAUAAGAAGAAAAAGCCCAAGGCAAACCCUUUAUAUUUCAGCAUAGAUGACCUCAUAAUUCAACAAAAUCUUAAAAGAAAACAGAAGGGAACUCAAAAACCAGAUCCCACUAGGCCGUCUUUUGAUGAAUUGAAGUUAUUGGUAAGAGAGCUAACAAAAUUUGAUAAACCAAAGAAAGCGAAAAAACGAGAUCAAAAGAAUGUUUUAUACAUGAGUGAAAAAGUCAUCAGAAAACAACGCAAAAAUCUUAAGAGGAAAAUGCUGACAAUGUCUGACAUUUCAAUCUUUACAGAAUCACAAGAGCAUAAACAACCAAUUUCAAAAAAGGCCAGAAAAUCACUUCCAUUGAAAUUUAGGAAGUUGUUUAAACUAGACUUUCCGCUACAGCCGAAAGUCCUUAAAGAUAGAGUAUUAACUUCAAAAAAGGCCAGAAAGUAUAAAAAAAAGUUUAGGAAGCAGAAAACAAGCUAUGUGGAUUUGGUUAUUAGAGAUGAGCUGCGAGCGCUUUUUGAUGAAAAUAAAAAAAUUAAGAAGCGCAGGCAGCACAUUUCCAAUCCGAAAAAAACUGUCGCAACUGCAUUAGAAGUAGAACGGGAUAAAAAAACAAAAUAUGUUCGCAAACAAAGUUUACAUAUUGACAAUGCUGACAAAGCUGGAAAAACUGGAAAAGCUAGAAAAGUUGGCAAAGCUGGCAAGGUAAAACCAGAAAAACAGAGCUCUUUUGGGGAGCAACGAAAUUUAGUCUCUCUUUUGUUUGAAGAUCUUUCCGCGAUUAUUAAACACCGCAGGCGCCGAAAAAAGCGCUCACCCGAUGGAAAAGUCAUCGAUGAUAGUACAUCCAGUACCAUAAUCUCCAAGGAAGUAUUGUAUGACCCAAAAACACGCCCUUCAGAUGCCACUGAUGUAAUGGUGAAAAGACUUAAGAAGAUACCUAAGUUACGGGAAGACAAAAGCGAAACCCAAGUAUAUGCCGAUUCGGAUAGCAUUGCUUCUCUGAGUGAAUCGCUGAAGAAAAUCAUAAACGCCAGUCGACCAAGGAAAAGUAUACGUAAAUCAAUCCACGGGCCACUCGUACCACCCAAACAACUACGUAUUGCACCACCAAAAGAAAAGGUGGACAGUCACUAUCAGACUCUUAAGAAGGAUAUUAUGUACAUCCGGGCCAACGAUUCAGAUGCGGCGAGGUCGAAAAAGUUCAGAAGGCUCUCCACUCGCCGAUCACUUAGCGUUCCCCUGAUGUCCAGUCAGAAACAACGACUUCUCCUUAAGAAAAGCGUUUCCGAUACAUUCAUUACCAAGUCUAGGCCACCUUUCGGUAAAAUAAUUGGGGAAGACCUUCAAGACAUGGGUCGACCUAUGGAUAAAAGCAUUCCACAAGCUGGCGAUCAAUUGGGCCUUCAAAUUGACGAAAAUCUAAAUAAAACUGUCGCUCCACGACGUGAUUCUAUUGGGUAUAGCACUCCCACAUUUCCCUCCAAGGAAAAACUUCGCCAGCUGCAGGAAUACAACUAUGAAGGCCUGCCAGAAGAUUUCCAUAGGUUCUUCGACAAUGCACACGAUACCUAUAACUACGAACGGAUAGUAAAGUCCCCGGAGGAUGAGUAUGGUACGGAGGCUAGGGACUCUAGGAGACAAAAGGACCUGAAGGAGUAUACUCCUGGAAGGUUCCUGAUCAAAGAUCUGGAGUCCGAUGACAAACACAAGCCCCUGCAGACGUUCCUAAAGGACAUCAUCGAGAACAACAAGUUCGUGGAGUUCGGGGCCGAUGUCAAGGGACUUAUGCUGGUGGUGGGGAAACACCAUAUGUGGAACAGCCUCCAGCUGCUCCACGAUGACCUGAUGCAGUCGGGCUUUAGUAGGGGUGAGGUCAAGCAGAUGCUAUCUGCGAAGUACAUGGAGUAUCUCAGUGACAUUGCAUCCGGCUUGCAGUUCGCAAAGAUAGAGGCGCCCCGGGAUAUAUUUCUCAAUUUUGUGGAAACCGAUCCUGCGAAGCCAAAACAGAUGAGCCAGGUGGACAGGCUGAUUGCCAAGAACUAUUGGAACAAGCAGCGUCUCAGCACACGCCUCAUUCCCUUCGGCAUGCGUGGAUUGAAGGGAACGAGGAGCGCUUCGCCCCACAGUCGCCGUCUCUCGCAGGACACCCGAAUGGACAGCGCCAUGUACAAGAAGCUCAUGGAGCAGGAGAUGAAUGCGGAGCGGCUGGAGCGGGAGAAUCGCAAACGGCGACUGUUUCCAACCUUCAGCCGCAUCUUCGGCUCCUUCGAGUCCGCCGUGAGCAUCAGCAGCGUGACCAUGGCGCCGGACGAGGAGCAGGACCUGCGCGACUCCGAGAUGCGGUACUCCUUGCAGAACCUCAAUACCGUGAUGAACGACCACAAGCUAAUGUUCAAGGCAAUGGACCGAAAACGGUUGACGGCCCAGCUGGUCCAGAAAAAGAUGGAGGGACAGCUGAAGGAGAUGCGAUCUACUACACAAUUCUGGCGGCCCAAAGGAAAGCCCACCACAUUUACGUUGAAGAAGCGGAAGCGAGGUCUCAGGCCCAUCGAAGCGCUGUACUACACACCGCGGAAGACGAGUCGAAUGCAGAAGAUCACCGAAGAUUCCUGUUCGGAAUGUGAGUGCCAGGAAGAGAAGUUAGCGGACUCAAUGGUCCUCCAGAAGUGUCCCAGAUGUGGUGUCAAAGUGCCUGUGCCGGCACCCACUCCGCCUUUCUACAUCUCUCCCUCGUCCAGCAGCGAGAUCCUGUCCAGUGGCUCCAUUGAAGCCUGUGCCAAAAACGAGCUGGUAGCCAAUACCCUUGCAGAUCUUUGCCCACGAUGUGGCUUUGUCCAUGGCAAGAACGAUCCUUGCUCCCAGUUGCCCCAAAAUAGGCGAAAAAAUAGUCUCCUAAAGCGCAUUCAAGAUAGUGUACGAACUGCUCCGCAGUGUACAACCUUUUGCUCACCCGGCGGGAUCCUCAAGAAGCCCAGAAGUUUUGAUCCUUAGACGGAGUUCAAAGAGCUAACAGCGGGCUGGGGCACUUGCAACCAUCAAGUGGCAACAAAACUCCGGAACUGUACGAAUAUGAGCACCAAAUCAGCCGGCUGAGGCGAAUGAAACAUUUGGUUUAAGUGCUAAAUAAAUUCAAGUAAUGAGUUUGCCUCUGUCUGUGGGUGUGCCUGUGUUGUUAAAUGCUUUGCCAAGUUUCAUAAAAUAUGCAAGGACUUUUUCACACACACACACACCACACACACACACACACACCCACAAACACAGCCAAGCACAUGCGAUGCACUCACGUA